AUGGCUGAGGAUGCGGCUCCACAGGCGAUAGACCAGCAUCCACACGUAAAAGCCGCCAUGUAUCUUCCGAUUUUGGUUGGUUCGGACGAUGAUGAAAUAAUCUUCCACGAACUAGAGAAAAUGAGGAGCAUCUUGGAAGAGGCGAUUUUGCAAACGCGAAGCAUGCCUUUCGAAAAUCGACCGCAACUUCCCCGCAUACUCCUAAGCAAGCGAAAUCGGGCUGUCGUGAGGACUCUUAAUCCAACUCUGGUGACCUAUUUGAAAACCAGCCGGGAUCUUUGCGAGACGGACUCGACGGAUUUUGCCGUAUUACUUCCCAUGGCUGGACACGCUAAUAGACAAAGUAGCACCAUCACAGCCUGGGAAAAAAAGCCGAGGACCAUGUCGCAAAGCGUUUAUGCGCCAACAAUGGACAAGGAUGACGAGAUUAAAGGUGAAUUUUAUAAAGAACUUACCAAUGUGCUUACAAAAAUACAUCCAACAGAGCAACUCUUACUGCUUGGAGACUUUAACGCGCGCGUUGGCCAUGACUGUGAUGCUUGA